UGACCCCGAGCGCUUUCUUAAAGAGACAGCGCACUCACUCACUCAAGCACACGCACUCCCCUCAACAUACACACACUUUCCUUCACACAGUCCCCCGCAACACACAUACCCGGGCUCCCUGCAUCCCGAUCACUUCCCCACCUGGGCUGUGCUGAGGCUUCAGGAGCUGCUGCUCUCCUGCCCUCCCCUAACACAGCUCACAGGGAAAGUGAUCUGGAUGCAGGAAGCCCUGACGUCUCCUUGCUCACAGACCCCUAGGACUGCGGGGAGGAGGAGCAGCAGUCCAGUGGGGGGAGCAAGCAGCAAUACCAGCUGCUUUGUAUAUCCAGGUCAGUUUCCCAAUAUAAGUGCAGGAGGGGGAUGCAAGGGUUUAAUAGUGAGAUAGCGAAGAAGAGUACAUCCAUUUUCCCCGCCCCUUCAUCCUCACUCUUAUUCUCUGGAAUCAUUAUUACAGUCACUAUAGAAAGUAAAAUGUUUAAUUUCAGAACUCCCUUCCUUACUCCCGUAGAAGUUUUAAAAUCAGCCAUGCUUAUUGACCCUUCAGCCUUGAAGCACCUCUCCACAGCACCACUCUCCAGCUGCAGCAAGCCUCAGAAUACAUCAGAAAAGAACAAGCUGGUGGAACUGUAUCAAUACCCAGGGUACAACGAGCAUGAGCCAACACCACUGCCUAAUGGGACAGAGCUGACUGACAUCAUAGAGAAGGUGGUGUGUGCCCAGAGAAAGUCAGCAAGUGGGAAGACUCCUUUUCCUUCAAAGAUGCUGCAGAAGUUUCUCACAGCUCCAGUCUCCCAUGCUAUCCUGUUGGACAGCUUCUGGUGGUUUUUUCUCCACUUAUAUCAGCCAAAUAGAGAGAUUCAGGGACAGCUGUUUGAUCGCAUUGCAAAGAAUUAUGCCGCCCUCAUGUUUGACUGUCACAAGUUCCGCUACCAGAAUGCUCUUAUUAAAGUUUUCCCUUCAUUGCUGAGCCAAACUUUGUACACCUGCUUCUGCUCCAGCUUUCCAAGAUCCUGGUUCGAUACACAUGAGUUCAAGUCCCAGCUCUGCAAUGUGUUGUCAGAGUGGAUGGCAGGGACACUGCCUGUCCCAGGGAGCUACAGUAGCUGGGACUACUCCAACCUGGAACCAGAGAGAUUUAGGAGGGAAGACUUGCUGUCAACAAAGGGAAAGCAGAGGACAGAAUCCUCUGUCCCCUUUGCUUCCUCAAAGGCUUCUAGCAACCCAGAAAAGACUCCUCAGCCAUCCAUUCAACCAUACAAGGGGUGCGGAUAUUUCAUAGAAGAUGAAGAUAAGAGUGGAGAAAAAAGUACAAAAGAGAAACGCAUGUCUUUGGGCCAAACUGUCAACAAGCACCAACCUGAUCAAACAAGCCUGGACCUCGGCUCCAAGGAAGUUGUACAUGCAUCUAUGUCCUUUAAAGGCAUCACCCCUCAUACCAUGCCACAUGAUCUGCAGCCUGAAAAGGAUGACCUGAAAAGUGCUUGGAAGCAGCCCCAACACACAUUUAAAACAAGGCGUCUAAAGAUCGCCCCACUCCAUAGAGAGUCACACCCAGCUUGUCAGGGCCCUAACUUCACUUGGCAUCUCUUUAACAUCAAUGGACACAGCCCACUAAUUCAGCACUUCCUCCAGAGCUAUAAUGUUGAACCACAGUCUGGACAAGACAUCUUGAUUCACAGGAGGGAGAUCUGCAAGCCUAUACCUACGGAGUCCACUCCAACCUAUGCAGACGUGAUCCGACAAGGUUUUAAUCAUAUUCGCCAUCUGGACGAUGCCUUCAAAACAAUGCGCCAGAGACACUGCAGGGAAAUGAAGGAUUUUGACCAGCACCAGUGGAAGAAGAAGCAAGAAUUCCUCAGAAAAGAGAAGCAAUUGCUGUCAGAGAAAGGAGAGAAGCUGAACCAAUUGCUGACCCCUCACCUGGAUGUACUCAACAGUUCCGACAAGAGUUCAAGUCUGUCACAGAAGUGUCUUAAUCCAGAAACAGCCAUAAGUCAACAGCACCCUGAGCAAACCAGAAUUCAUGACUCCCCCAACAUAAAUGUCCAUUCAGAUCUUCAUAUGCAUCUUAACGGUAUAUUUUGGGCAGGCCACCCUAAAGCUUUCUCCAUCAAUUAGGAACAGACAAACCUGAAAAAAUGUGAAGAUUCAGUUUACAGAAGUGCUCUGAGUUUAAAAAUUUGACCUCACUGAUCUGUAAAACUGGGCUGGAAAAAAAAUCUCACAAGAUUGCAAGAAUGGAAGUAAUACGAGGAUAAAAAAUAUUUUUAAUAUUGAA